CCUGGAGCCUGUGGUGUUUCCGGUCGGGGCUGAGCGCGGACACGCUGCGCUCCGCGGCGGGGUGCCGGUCCGGGCGGCGGGCGCCCACGCGGGCGUGUGAGGUUUGAGCUUUCCAGUCGGGCACGGACAGUACGUGUCGUGCCCACAGUCGUCGGGGUUCCCGAGAAAGGAGCUGUGUUAGGCGCAGCCCCUUCUGACGGCCGCUUCCGCUGGACUCCUGGCGUAGCGCUCCCUCAGCCUAAACGCAGGCGGCGUUCGAGGGGUGCAAGCGCUAGGGCGGACGCCAGGCCCACCGUCCGUCCCCUCCUCAGGUGGUGAUCCGGCGGCUUCCUCCCAGCCUCACCAAGGAGCAGCUGGAGGAGCAGCUGCACCCGCUGCCCGCGCACGACUACUUUGAGUUCUUUACCGCCGACUUGAGGUGAGAAGCUGGGAGGCCUUGUCGCUCGAUGGGAGGUGGUUGUAGACCGCGGAAGCUGUCUCCGUCUUUUUCCCGCACGGACCCAGAGAUCAGCGCGCACCUCGCUUGGACGUGGUCGUUAAAUUCCUCUAAGAGAUUUGGAAGGUGCCUGUACCAGCGCCCCCAUCGUCCAGAAAGACGAACUCCGGAGAAAGAAACCGUAUCCAGCCCUUGCGUCCACCGCUGCCACCCCCACCCACACCUACCGGCUCCUUCUGUCCUUCCCUUUCACACCUGGGUAGAAGGGCGCCUCCGAGGACGCCUUAACACGUCCACAUCUUCUCUUUGUGAACAAAGAGAAAGCAGACCUCAGGUUAGACCUUCCGCAGGGGACAGUCUUUAUCCUCAUCUUUAUUCAAGAGCAUACAUUAAUUUUAGAAAUCCUGAUGACAUCCUUCUUUUUAGAGAUCGUUUUGAUGGCUAUAUCUUCAUUGACAGUAAAGGCCUAGAAUAUCCUGCAGUGGUAGAGUUUGCCCCAUUCCAGAAGAUAGCCAAAAAGAAACUAAAGAAAAAAGAUGCCAAAACUGGAAGCAUUGAAGACGAUCCAGAAUAUAAGAAGUUUUUGGAAACUUACUGUGUGGAGGAAGAGAAACCUAAUGCCAAUCCCGAAACUCUUCUGGGAGACAUAGAGGCAAAGACAAGAGAACUUAUUGGUGGUUGUGACAGUGCCCAGGAUGCAGCAGCUGUCUCUAGAAGAACCACACCUCUUUUGGAAUAUAUUAGAAAUAGAAAAUUAGAGAAGCAGAGGAUUCGAGAAGAGAAGCGAGAAGAGCGAAGGAGGAGGGAGCUGGAGAAGAAGCGUUUACGGGAAGAAGAAAAGAGAAAGAAGAGAGAAGAGGAGAGGUGUAAGAGGAAAGAGGCAGACAGACAGAAGAGAGCUGCUGAGAGAGAAGUAAGGAUUAAGCUUCUUAAGAAACCAGAAAAGGGGGAGGAACCAACUGAGAAGCCAAAAGAAAGAGGAGAGGAAGUGGAUGUUGGAGAUGGAAAACGGGAGCCCUGUGCUAGCUGUGCUGUCCUGAAGCCCACACCCUUGGAGGGCUUGCUGGAGGAGCCCAGGGAAAAGUCGCAGAAUGACAGUGAUAAAGAGAAAAGGGAGAUGGAGAGAAGAUUUCGAGAAAAAGAGCCUGAAACACAAAGAUGCCACAUGGAUGACAGCAGAAAGCACAGAGCUCACUGUGAGUUUGACAAGUUUUCAAGGAGAAAAGAAGAGCUGAAAUGGGGGAAAGGAGUCCCCUCAGACAGAGGGAAGAAGGGGAGCCAGGACAGUGGCAUCCCUGUGGAGGCAGCAGAGUGGCCUGGGAGAGAGCACAGGAGUGAAGGCGGCCCAGCACCCAAAGCGGAGCGCCCAGGAAACAAGGUUCUUCUAUUCAUUCAUUCAUUCAUCAACCCUAAAAGUAUAAACUACACCUCUGCAGGCUUAUACCUGCUUUGCCAAACAGAAGUUACUUUGUUUAGCCAAAACAGAGAAAUGUGUGACCCGAGAUUGGCUUUCUCACUCAGCAGAAUUCCCUUCAGAUCCACCCAAGGUGUUGCUGGUAUCAGUGAUGUGAAUUUUUAAAAUGUUUCCAGUAAAGGCAAGGCAGAGCUACCGGCAAGAGGGGAGCCUUCUUAUCUGUAGCCUUGACUAACCACAUCUGUGUUAUUCAGAGGUUUCUGUAGUUACCUUAACCUCAGGUACAGCAGGCACAGCCAUGGGUCUUCUUGGUGGGGGUUGUUUCAUGAACACUUGUGUUUCAGCUGCCUUUUGAUGUAGCAACAGUGAGUGAUGUGUAUUUACACAGCUUUAGGUGUUGGGACUCCUCUCAAUUAACUGUGACGCUCUGGGAGUAGUAAGGUGCCUUGUGCGUAACGGCACCUUUUGUAUGAGGCCUGGCUGGUUACAGUGUCCUUACACCGUCUGUACACACCAGUGUUGCCCUGGUGAAAAGCAGGACCGUGCGUGUUGGCCUCAGGCAGGAAGUGGCAUGGGAGCCCUGCACCUCUGUGUGCACAGGGAUUCAGACCCACAGUGCCUGCCCAGCCCUUUCCCACUCUCUUCAUUGGCCAGGCUUCCGCUAAGGAAGAGGGCAUGCCAAUAAAUGCCCUGGUGGUGACUGUGGGGCCUGGGAGUGGGUAAAGGUGAGUUGGUGAGUCCUGCAGAAACAUACCAUGCGGGAUGUGCCAGGGCCCCCAGGUGGCCAAGGAAGGGGUGCAGGUACAGGAGGCUCCCCUGAGCCAGGGGUUGGUUGGUCCCCCUCUCCUCCAGGGCAGAGCUGGCUGGCUUCCCACUGUUGCUCCUGGUCCUUAACCUUCAGAAUCCCUUGGUCCUUCACUGGCCUCACCAUCCUAGUGUCCUUAAGCAGUUCAGUAGUAUUUUACACACUUUAUUCAAGCAUUGUUGCGUUCUUCCACCUCUGAGAGUUUAAUCAGAUGAAGGGGACAGAUCAGGAAUAACCCACAUGGAAAGUGCUCAUUACACAUCUUAUUAACUAUUUGGUUCAUGACCCUAAAAAGCCACCUCUGAGGGGCUAUGCCUUGCUUUGUCUUGGGCUGCAUGUUUACCCUACCUGGUGAGUUGGAGGGGCUGAGAUGUGUGUGUAAGUCUUCAUCUCUCCACCUGGGAGGGGAAUGCCAUGGUUCUACUGGCUCUGGGGGUGUUCUGGGUUUGAGCGUAACAUUUUCCCAGAUACUAAUUUUACCUGCUUUCAAGUUAUUUUAAAUGUUAACUGUCUUCCUUUUCAUGGCUUUUUUUUUUUUUUUGGCUUCAAAAUGCCUGGUUUCUGUGAUAGUGCUGAAAAAGGCAGAUUUUUAGCUGUAAGACUAAUUUGCUUUAGAUAAUGAGGAUCAUUAGACUCUGGAAGUAGAGACUUUUGCUCCCUCCUGUAUUGCCAGCCUUUGGAAGGGUAACCCACCCCUCUGUCCCGGCAGGAUCGGCCGGUCUUGCAGCUGUACCAGCCAGGAGCUCGCAUCCGAGCUCAAGAAACUGCUGGGGGGAUCUCUGUGGAGGGCCGUGAUGGAA